AUGGACAAUCGGUUGCGACUUACAACCACAAUAGAGGGCAUUCGGUAUUUAGCAAAUCAAGCAUUGGCUUUUCGAGGUCACGAUGAAUCCGUUGACUCAUCUAAUCGGGGCAAUUUCGUUGAAAUCUUAAAGUCUUUUGCAAGAAUGAAUAUAGAAGUUGAGAAAGUUGUUCUAGAUAAGGCUCCUCAUAAUGCUCAGUAUAUUGCCCAUGAUAUACAAAAACAGAUUUUGCAUAUUUUUGCUACCAAGGUGAAGAAGAAAAUUUGUGCCGAACUUGGGAAGAACAAAUAUUGUAUUCUUGUUGAUGAAUCACUUGAUGAAUCAGACACUAAUGCCUUGACUCUUAAACAAGAGAUAUGCAAAGUGCUUGAUAAUAAUGGUAUUCUAAUGGAAAACAUGCGUGGCCAAGGGUAUAAUGGUGCUAGUAAUAUGCGUGGUUCAUGGAAUGGAUUACAAGCAUUGUUUCUUCAAGAUUGUCCAUAUGCAUAUUAUGUGCAUUGCUUUGCUCAUCGCUUGCAAUUAGCAUUAAAUGGUGCGGCUAAAGAUGUGAAGGUUGUAUGGAGAUUUUUUUCAAUGUUGACUAACAUUGUGAAUUUUGUUAGUGCUUCUGCUAAGAGCCGUAAUGAGUUAAAUUUAAUUCGAAAAGCUGAACUCAAAGAGUUGUUGGAUUCUAGGGAACUUGAGACAGAUUGCAUGUUGAGGGAGUUAAAUGACAGAUUUCCAGAGCAAACAGUUGAACUUCUUAUUCUUAGCUCAGCAUUGGAUCCUCGUAAUUCUUUCAAAUCAUUCAAUAUUAGGCAUCUAUGUAAACUUGCUAAGAAAUUCUAUCAUGCUGAUUUCAGUCCAAGUGACUUAAAAGGUUUGGAAAUUGAGUUGAGACUUCGAAGCACCAUAGCUGAUGAAUUCCUUGCUGAUUGCAUGAUUCUCCACAUUGAAAGAGAGUUUGCUAAUAGUAUCGAUAAUGAAGAGAUAAUUGAAGAAUUUAAGAUUUCUAAGCCUCGUAGGAUAUGCAUAUUUGAGGGUAAGGCUUAUUACGUCCCCCCUGACUAG